AUGCAUCACUCCGUUAUUGCCCCCCUCGCUCUUUUGGGCUCUGCAGUCGCCCUACACCAGACCACCACUCUUUUUAUACCGGGAUUUGACCAGCAGCCUCUUGUUGCAUCUAUUGCUGGUUCUGAUUCCACUGCAACCACAUACGCUAUUAAAUGUGCUCCGGGUACCUCGUCCGAUGAAUGCGGCGCCGGUGCCGGCUUUACCCUAAUCGAGGGUCCCAAGACCGCACAUAUGGAAAUGAUUGACGGCGAUGCCUCUAUCUUCUCCUUAGCAGAAAACUGCGUCUUGAAGGGCACGUCCACCGCCAUCUGCACCAACACGGCGGCGGGCUCUGAGGCCAAUUUCCCGGGAACUAGCACGCUCACGUAUGCCAACGAGGAUCUUGCGUCUGCUAUGAUCGUUGUCACUGUGACUGCGGGCGAUGUCAACACUGCGCCUGCGAGCACGGCGGCGUCGGCGACGGCGCCAACUGCGACUGCUACUGCUGCUAGUACUUCUACUGCUGCUGGCACUGGAAGUGAUACCACGACUGCAACCGGUACUAUUGGAAGUACUUCCACAAGCGGAUCUGCCUCCACUGGGACUACGACUGGGACCAGUACAGGCGCAGCGUCUUCGUCUGCGGACAGCUCCUCCGUGAGUACUGGUGGUUUGCCCCGGAUUACGGGCAACGUUGAAUUAGCUAUUGGUGGCGCUGCUGUCGUCAUGGCUCUUGCGGGCUUUUAA